AUGGAAGGCCAGAACAGCAUCCGACGCAGGUCCAGCGGGCAGCAACACACAUCGCAUAUGCAGUGUGCAGAUCAAUCAGCAAGACAUACUUCAUUGCGCCACCACCGACGGCGAAGAAUCUUUCGCAUCACUCCUGAGCUGGCCAUAUCAGCAUUGCUUGCGAGCAGCAUAUCCACCACCAUGGCGCAGAACUGCGUGUCCUUGGCCGACUCGACGGCGUGUCAAGCGUUCAGAGGAGCGUCUGUUUCGACCGACAGCAGCCUAGCCGGUCUGUUUCCCUUUCUCUCGGGUGUGACGGACGCUGCAUCGUUCGACAGCGGUCUGAAAGACUACAUCAAUGGCGACUUUACCCAAUUACGAUACCAACAACUAAUAGGCUGUUCCAACAGUCCCGAUAAUGCCACCGACUUUUAUGCCAGAUAUACAACCAGUGUCCUAUGUAAUGCCAUUGUGCAGAAUUCGAUAGAAGCAUGCCGCUUGACUGGAGAUUCAAUCCGGCCACUAUGCGCCGACAGCUGCGCCGAGUAUGCGCAAAGCGAACAGGAGAUUGCAGCAAGUAAUGUUUGCGGCACUACUGGGAACAAUGCGCUCACGCAGAUUCGAGCCGACUUCACGAACUGCGCCCUGCCUGCGAACUCGAUCACCGGCUCGUGCAUACAGGCGUCGACCAACCAGCCCAACGAAUGCGGCUAUACUAACAAUCUUGGUGGACUUUGCUCAUACUGCUCUGCGAGCUCGCCCAAUGCAACAGAUUCGUGUUGCGUAUUCUCGAAAACGACCGACCGAUGCGAAGGGGUCUCAUUGCCCAUUGUGGCUACAGCCUCACUGCAGCCCAUCACGGUCACAACAUCAGCCACUGGUGUGCCGACCGCAGGAUCAAGCAACAAUGGCGGAGCUUCGUCCAACAACAAUAGUCUCAGCAAGGGUGCCAUCGCAGGCAUUGUGAUUGGAUCUAUACUCGGUGCUGCACUACUGCUUGGACUGAUCAUCGUGGGAUGCGUGCUGUUCCGGAAACGCAGGAGCAAUAGCCCUGCUACCAGUGUUUUCAAUCAACCUUCGCCUGGAAGGUCACCGCAGAUGGCAUUUCACGAUGGUACACGAGACAUCCACAGCAACGAUCGGCCAGGCAUGGCUAUCCUCGGCGGUGGACGUGUUGCAAGAAUGUCCGCUCUCGAAGGUUCCAGCAGCUCGCACAACGAAGUCCCGUACAUUCUGGGCGCCUACAACGACAAGUCCGAGGAGGAAGCAACACCAGAGUCACGACUUGCGCCACCAUUCAAGCGCAGCGGAUCACUUUCGAGUGGGUCGCAGCUUGGUACUGGUCUUGGUGUCACUGAACAGCAGGAUACGUCGCCGAGCUCAGGAGCUGACUAUACAUCACCGGAGUCACAAGGCCAGAGUGAACAGCUCAAUUUCUUCAAGGACUACUACUCCCAAGACGAGAUUCACCCUGGUGACUUGGUCGCUACCCUCUGGGCUUACGAACCUCGCGCCGACGACGAGUUUCAAUUAGAGCGUGGCGAUAUGGUCAAGCUGCUAGGCAUAUGGGAUGAUGGCUGGGCGACUGGUGUUCGUGUGCGGCAAAAGGCUGAACACUGGCUACCCGAGGACAAGACGCAAAGAGACAGCGGUCUCACCGAAGUCCCUCACCCUCCAACCUCGGACAACGAAGGCGAAGUCGUAAAGGCCUUCCCUCUGGUCUGUGUCUGCUUACCUCAGCAUUGGCGCAAGACCAUCGAAGGCAGCGACUCAACAGAAGGGUCCGGCCCAGGAGGAUUCCCCGAUAGAGGGUCCUAG